CUUCUUACCUGAAUAGCAGAGGGUUUACGAGCGUCUCUGUUGUACAUCUACCUGCUGUUAUUAGCAGGUGUCUAACACUUUGUCAUAGCUAAAAAGCCCAUGCAACCUAGGAAGAGGGUCACUACAUUAGGGAGAGAUGUUGCUUCCAUAUAAAAUAUCACUGCUGACCCUUUUGAGUUUAUGGACAUUCUGUUCCUUUUCUGUUUGCCAGAGGAAACUUCCCUCUUUGCAAAGCUUCAGUUCAAGCAGCCAUCAGACUUUAAAACAGGCCUUGUUGGACAAGGUACCAGAGGACAAUACACUCUCUCUUGAAGAGGCUGAGAAGGAGCAGGGCUAUUACCUGCAGCAGCUAUUCCAACUAUACGGGGAAAAUGACACCUUAACUUACCAGGGGCUUACACUCUUGUUGCAUAGCCUGGGACUGGGCAAAAUACAGGUGGUGGAAAUCCAACAUACAGACUUGGGACAUGAUCACGUCUCUCAUCUAGAUAUUCUAGAAGUACAGGAGAAUAAACACAGUCAUGUGCACUCCAGUAUGGAACAUGCAAUCCCUUCCUUUACAGUAGAGGCCAGUCAAGAUGACACCAGCAGAGUAAGAGAGAGCACGGGCAUUACUUCUUCAAUACAUGUUCAACCACCAGUAAAACAUAUUUCAGAGAAUGAUGGGAAAAGCAACACCAUACACCAACAGCUCAGACAGUGGCCUUCACAGGACAUCCUGAACCACCUGGUGCAACGUCAUCUCUCUCAGUACAAACAUCAACAUGAAAAUUGCAUGAACGUGACACAGUUACUGCUCAACUUUGGCCUAGACUGGGUCUCCGAGAUCACCCCUCAGCAAUUUACACUGCUCUGCCCUGCAAUCCUGUAUCAGAUUGACAGUCGUGUGUGCAUCCAACACAAUGAUGAGCUCCAGAAUACACAGUCACCUUCUCAACAGCCACUUCUUUAUGUCCUUGGCUGGGGAGCACUUGCUAUCACACUGGUCAGCGCCCCCUCCCUCCUUGCCAUAGCCCUUGUCCCUCUACUCCAGCGCCCCCUGUUUCGCUUUCUUCUCAGGUUCCUGGUGGCCUUAGCUGUUGGGACAUUGUGUGGCGACGCCUUACUGCACCUUCUACCACAUGCACAGGAAGCACAUACUGUUUCCAGCCAUGAUAAGGGAUCACAUUCUAUCGAGCCUCUACUAAAAGGGCUGUGUGUGCUUGGUGGAAUAUACCUUCUUUUCAUUAUUGAACAACUUAUGGGGCUACUAAACCAGAGAUGGAGAAAAAAGAGAAAACCUCAGAUAAAAAAGCCAGUUCAGGAUGAUGACUGCACAACUGUGUUAUGGGACCUUGGGCAUCCAGUUGAUCCUAAGUUCUGUGAAGUCUCCAAGGCAGUUGAUGACCUGCAAGCGAGUGGUGAGGGUCAGGCAGAAGAAAAAAGAAAAUCCCAUGCCCACUCUCAUCAUGGUCACUCACACAGUGCCAAAGGUGAAGGGAUUGCAGAAGUUGUGUGGAUGGUUCUUCUUGGAGAUGGAAUUCAUAACUUCACUGAUGGUCUAGGCAUAGGGGCUGCUCUCUCUGCGGGUUUUUCUGGAGGACUCAGUACCACUAUUGCAGUUUUUUGCCAUGAGCUGCCCCAUGAACUCGGAGAUUUUGCUGUAAUGCUGCAGGCUGGGGUCCCAGUGAGAAGAGUACUUUGUUUUAGCCUGAUGUCGGCCUUCCUGUCAUACUUGGGUAUGGUGAUUGGAGUUCUAGCCAGUCAGAGUUCGGCUCAAGUCACCCCCUGGAUAUUUGCUAUAACUGCUGGAAUAUUUUUAUAUGUUGCUCUAGUAGAUAUGCUUCCCCAGAUGUUGCACCGUGGAGACUCUGAUCCCGGCCACGGAAAGGACUGCAUCAUUCAUAGUCUUGGUUUCCUUCUAGGAGGCGCCAUAAUGCUUUGUAUUGCUCUGUUUCAAGAUCACAUGAUUUUUAUUGAUCUAUAGCGAUCAUAUAGAGGUGGAUAUUGGACUAACUCACUAAACUUUGAGGAAAGUACAAGCUUAGAUUAUUUUUUUUUGGUCCCUAAUUAAAUACCUUCUGCUUGUUCUUUGCAUAUCUGUUAGCAUAUAUUAGAUUUAAUAAAAUGGAGGAAGGCAAAAUGUAAUUGAAGGAGCCCAAAGUCACAAUAUAAUGCAGUACUAUGUCACAUCUACAAAUCUAUCAGAAUAAAGAGGAAGAGUAGGAAUUGCA